GAUUGCCCGGUCUCGGAUCGUGAACAGAAUGCACAACGGAACGAAGAACCCUCGGUACAAGCGUUUCUUCGAUAUCAGGUAAGCACCUGGAAAGUACAUAGCCAGUAUAGAGUAGCAGCAUGAAGUGAUUGGGGAGACAGCGAAGAUCCCAAUCAGCUAGCCGAAACCAACAGGACGCCCUGAGUGUUCCGACUCGAGAAGCUGGCAUGGAGGGGUCCAAAGGGCAGUAUCGACACCACUGAUUCGAGGCACAGUGUUGAGUAUUCUGGCUACUUAGCAUGUUCCGGAUCAUGCAUGUACCGCUUUGGACAACUUGAACACCCGAAUAGAGAGAUACGCCAAGACAUUGAUAUGGAUCCCAUGUUCUGUCCCACCUCCGAGACUACUUAUUUCACUUGGUUGUACAACAAAGAAAUUUGGACAAGUCGAAGGCUGGCUGCUCCAAACUUGUCCGAGUGCAUGGUUAUCCCUGAUGCAAUACACCCAUCCAGAGGAUCAGGUAGCCAGAAGAAGCUGAGGGUCAUUAUGGGGAUACUUGGAGAUAGCUUAGCCCAGAGAACUAAGGUACUCCCAUCCUCGAUCUCAGGGCGCGUUGAGCAGGAUGAGCAUACGCCAGCCAGUUAUGAUAUGGAUCAAGCCAAAAUCGAUGGAAAGGUCAAGCCGUGGCGUGUUGAACAUCGCGAGUGGGUGAUGAAACAUGCAUUAGUAAAUAACAAAAACAUAUCAACUUCCGGGCGAGAGGCUUGCCUUACUCUGAGAGGGAAUGCUAUUGCACUAGCACCACUGUGUGGGAGGCACCCGCCGGCCCGGAGGUGGCAGUUAUACUUAACCGGGAGGACCGUGCCGCCGGCAACCCACACGCUCGUGAAGGCCCGGGUAUCAAGUUCCUGAGAUCCAUGCCAGAUGAAAGUGAAGCGGACGAAGCACCGACGCCACUCUUCCGAAUCGGGUAUGUACAUCGAAGAAGUGUUCCGUUCCCCCCCGGAUCGGCGUGAUGCCCCGGGUCUCUCUCUCUCGGGGCAAUGAUGGCCUCGACCGUGGCCUCCAAUUUAAGUGCAGGAAGUUCCUUGAAGAGCCGACGUCGACGUCGACGUCGAGAUCAGGGAGUUCGGUUGUGACCCACUGGGCCCCGUCCCAAGCUCCUUCACGCCCAAACCUUCUCUUCCAACUCCACCCGUUGGUAAU